GGCCCUCCUGGGACAGUUGCGGUCGCUCUGUUACUUGGUGCUCGUGGACGUCAAUGGUUGUCAGCUGGAAUUUGAACUCAGGACCUCCGGAAGAGCGAGCAGUCAGUGCUCUUAACCACUAAGCCAUCUCUCCAGCCCAAAGCUGUUUAUUUUUAAAGUAAUUUUGUUUCUAUGUAUUCCAAAGAAGCCAUGUAUAGUUCACACGUUUCUGGCCCCACAAUAUUUGCCAACUGCUGUUUCUCUCCUUGAGCGCACCUCCAAAGGAACAGAACUUCAAACUGCUGUUAUAAUGCAAAGCUACAGCACAACAGAACCUGGGAGAAUUCUAACUUGGGGUCCCCUAAGGCGUGCCCUGGGAGACAGGUGUGUACCCACUGGUGUGGGGGACGCCGGCUCAGAUUCUCCAGAAGUAAGGUGGUGGAUACCGACUGCGAUCAGUAGGAUCUGUACUACCUUCUCUCCACCUGUACAGCACCUGAGCCAGCAUGGCGUGUGUGUAGGUCUCCAGCGCCCCUCUCUCUGACCCCUACUCUCCUCGCAGAUUCCCGUGCUCCCUCUCCACGCCAGCUCUCUUCCGGGUUCCCACUCUUAUUUACUACGGUUCUGCUCUCUCCUGUCCUUUUCCUCGGGGUCCUCCACUCUCUUAUGUCCUCCCGUCUGCUCUCCAGGCCCCCUCCGCUCUUCUCUCCUUUAGGAUCCCUCACUCUCCGCUCCCUUCGGUCUCCACACUCCUCCCAGCCCUGGAGCCCCGCCUGGCGCAGCCACACCGACAGAAGACGAGAUCCGUGGCGACGAACAGGCGUCGCCCUCCGCGCGCCGCCCGCGGGCAGCCCCCGUGGGUCUCUAGACUAGCCGGGAGCGGAUUGGCUGCAGGGCUCGGGAAGUGCCGGCUCCCGGAACCACCGGCCAAUGGGAACCAGGGGCGGGACCGCGGCUCAGGCGCCGGAAGCGGGGAGGCGACGAAGGGACCUCGCGUCGCCGCGCCGGGUCUCGAGCAGCUGCCAGAGCCGCCGGACAGACCGCCGCCCCCGCCGCGUCAUGGCCGAGAGUGACUGGGACACCGUGACGGUGCUGCGCAAGAAGGGCCCCACGGCCGCACAGGCCAAGUCUAAGCAGGCCAUCUUAGCAGCUCAGCGACGAGGAGAAGAUGUGGAGACAUCCAAAAAAUGGGCUGCUGGCCAGAACAAGCAGCAUUCCAUCACUAAAAACACAGCCAAGCUAGACCGGGAGACAGAGGAGCUGCACCACGACAGGGUGACCCUGGAGGUGGGCAAAGUGAUCCAGCGGGGCCGGCAGAGCAAAGGCCUGACGCAGAAGGACCUGGCCACGAAAAUCAAUGAAAAGCCGCAAGUCAUCGCAGACUAUGAAAGUGGACGGGCCAUUCCGAAUAACCAGGUUUUGGGCAAAAUUGAGAGAGCCAUCGGCCUCAAGCUCCGGGGGAAGGACAUCGGGAAGCCUAUCGAGAAGGGGCCGAAGGCGAAAUGAACACAAAGCCUCGAAGCCAGUGGUUCCGGCUGAGCUCUUCUGGCUGGUCCCCCAGGACCACCAGCACUGCCGUGGGUCUCCUCACAUGGUCAAACGGAACAUGGGGGUCAGGCCUGUGUGCCCCCUCAACCCAUAACUGCUGUCAAACAAAGCAAAACCUUGGAAAGUGA